CGAGGAAAAACAACAGCCCCUCAAAGGGAUUCUCAGCACAGCUUAGCUUCUUAGUUUGCUCUAAAGUCCUGACUAAUUCUAACUAAUUAAAGGGUUCUUUUUUAAUUUAGAGCUCAGUCAGACUGACACGAUAGUUUGAGUUCAAUUAUUCUAUUGAGCGAACUAACAGUUUAGUUUUACAUCUAUCGCUAAAAUAUGUCAGGCCGCAGUAACAGGCUAACAACGCGCUACUAGCGGUCUAUAAAACUAUUUUACAUAGUUUGGAAAAAAAAAAAAAAAUACAAUAAAAUAACUUACAUGCCUUAAUUCGUCCAAAAGCUUAGCAAACACAGCAGAGUUGUCUUUGCGUUUAAUAUUAACGUCACACCUCAGGAAUGUGCUAACGUUAGUAUGUCAAAGGUGCAGUCAAACGUCUCUCGGUGAGAGAGCAAGACAAAAGGAUGAUCUUGAAGAUUUAACCAAGCACUGAGAAACAUGCCUCAACGGAAGAGAGCCCUUGUUCCCAUUAACACAAGACGAAGGGUUAAAGGUGAUGAAGAUUACUUCCCUUUCAACUCCCUACCCAUGGAGUGCCAGCUCCAUGUGCUCUCAUUCCUCAGUGAGGUGGACAAGUGCAACUCGGCCCUUGUGUGUGCAAGCUGGAGUUGCUUAGUGCGCUCCGGGAAGCUCUGGAGAGUUGCGGACUAUUCUCGCCGUGGGGUGUUUCACCUGGGCCAGGAGGGUCUGCUAGUUUCCAACAGAGAGUUUGAGCGCUGGAAAGCUUGGGUUCACCAUUACACCCAUCAUCUUAUAUCCCGUGGGGCUAGUUUGCUCACUCUGAAGGCCAGUUUUGAUCUAGGGGACCUGUGCAAUAAAUGGGGAGAGCUCCUGUCACACCUUCUAGAGAACGUCCAUUGCCGUGAUCUCAGUCAUUUAGAUUUAAACUGGACAUUUACGCUGCUGGAGCCCCUCGACCUCCGUGUUCACACCAGUUCUAGCUCUCAUCAAGACAAUAUUACCAAGAUGGACCAAGUCAAUAACUUCCAGUUUCUCCUCACCAGACUCGUCCACAGCUGUCCCAGGAUAAGCAAAAUGCGGCUGCACUUCGACUGGUCCGAAACGUCAGUUACGCUGAUCACUCAGUUUCAACACCUUCGUAUCUUAGAACUGAAGUACUUUUGGGUAUUCAAAGGGGUCAGCCCGAACACUUUACAGACACUGACGAAAUCGCUCCCUAAUCUAAAGUCCCUGACGCUCCAUGUUCUUGUACCUCUGCGAAAUUUAGGCAUCUCGUACACCCUUGAAUCCCUUUCGCUUGAGUUCUUGGAUGUGUCGCCCAGUCGCGGUCUGGUCUUCUCCUGCCUAAACCUUCCAGCGCUGCGAGAGCUGCGGGCGAAGAAGAUCGUUCGGGGCAUUACUCUGGACCGCAGGACUCGACUACAGAUACAGAGCCGAUGGCCCUGCUUGUAUCAGGUCUUGCGUGAGGGAACGCCAAAGCUUCAGGCGCUUAACAAUGAAAGACUCCUUCCCAACUGGAAAGAGCAAAGUUACAGAGAGCUGACGUCAAUCCUCCAGCAGUCUUGCUAUUGCCUUCAGCAUUUAGACAGUUGGCUCUGGUGAAGCCGAAUCUUAAAACAAUCACGGCCACGUCCGGAAGGAAAAACAUUAGAUGGACCAAAAAUAUAAUCAGAUAAUAAUUCUGAUCCUCUCUAAUGAAAAUUAUUUUAUGCUAUAAUUUAAUUAGACAUCAGCCACACCUUGCUAGCAAAUAACUGGAUUAAGUUUCAAUAUAUGUGCAUUUAAUAACCUUACAAUUAUGCCUAAACGUGUGCUAUGAAGGUUUAUGAUCCAGUGCAUUUUUUAGGAGCUUAUGUGAAGUCAGGAAAAUUGUUCUAUUGUGCAAAGUAGGAUAAAGCAGAUUGCAGCAAUGGAACUCUUAAUUCCUUAAAACAUUUAAUUCCUUGUGUGUUUCAGUUUAGGAAUCAUCAAAAAUAUAUAUUUUUUGCCUUUAUUUGUGUGAAUCUAUGUCCUGAACUAGAUUGUACUUCAGUGUUUUCAGUAAUCUGUGACCAAAAUUUAUGACAUUCCCGAUAAUCUAUAUUUCAGACAACUUUUUCCUCUUCUGACGAUUUAAUUUUAAUCUCACUUUCAUAAACUGGAAUUGAAAUAGAUUGAUUUUAUUUUAGUUCGAGCCUGUUAUUGAGUGUUUUUAAGGAUUUUCACAUGAGUGAAAAUGUAUUGUUUUGCGUUCUAGAGUUUAUAUCCAUAUUUGGGGCAAAUGUAUUAUAAUACAAUUAAAAGUACAAUCUUGAGUUUAGGGCUUUCUAAAGAGUAAAACUUGAAUUGCUUAUACAUUCUUUACGUUAUGAGGUAUUAGCUGACCAAUGAAAAGGCAUGUUGAUUAAGAUCAGAUCAGCAUUCAAGCCAAGCAUUCAUAUAAUGUGCCUUUAAUGAAGUAAGUUUUGCUUUGAUUUUAUGGAAUGAAAAUAUUGUCUUUAGCCCCAAAAACGAAUAGAUAACUCGUAUAAUAAUGUAUGUCAUGUGCAUAGAAGUUCUGUCCACCAAUCCCCCCCCCCCCCCCAGUGCAUGAAAUGUGAUGUGUGUGUGCAGUACUUUAUGCUCAUCCACAGGAUGGCACCACCAUACCCUUUUCUUUUCGGUGCAGUGAUAAAUCAAUUCUGUGUACUUGCUGGAACUCAAACAGCUACAAUAAAUUGAUAAGAUUUUACUAAA